AUGGCGUUUGCUCUGGCUAUACGAGAUACUGCUACCUACUCACAUCAAAUGAUAUUCUCAACAACUCUCCUCAUCGUCUUUUUCACUGUGUGGAUUGUCGGUGGAGGUACAACUCCCAUGCUGUCAUGGCUGAACAUCAGGGUUGGGGUUGACCCAGAUCAGGAUCCUCCACCUACUAAUGACAGCUUUCAAGUCUUACAAGGAGAUGGCCCAGAUUCUGAAAGAAGGAACAGGACAAAGCAGGAAAGUGCUUGGCUCUUCAGACUAUGGUAUAGCUUUGACCAUAAUUAUUUAAAGCCAAUUCUCACUCACAGUGGCCCUCCGUUAACCACAACUCUACCCAGCUGGUGUGGCCUGAUAGCCCGCUGUCUGACAAGUCCCCAGGUUUAUGAUAAUCAAGAACAGCUUAGAGAAGAGGAUUCUGAUUUUAUUCUGAAUGAUGGUGACCUUACCGUGACAUACGGUGAUACAACGAUAACUGCAAAUGGUUCUUCUGGCCCCCAUACAGCUACCACUAGCCUUGACGGCAGGAGAACAAAAAGUAGUUCAGAGGAAGCACUGGAACAUGAUUUGGGAGCAGCAGAUCAUGAAGUUACAAGCAGGGGUACCCGGCUAGUGUUUCCUCUGGAAGACAAUGCAUGAUUACUGAUUCAGUAAAAAUAACUCUUGCUCUGUGGAUGGAUGAAGGAAGACUGCAGGCCACUGUGUCACUUGAGGUGGGGAUGUUUGUUUAAACAAGUUAACGUGCGUAAGUGGUUUUACUAGGGUCUGAAUAUGUCACCUAUUUUUUAACUCAAGACGCUGACAGUGGGGUUUUCUAAAUGUCUGAAAAUAGACAGAUGAGAAAACUGGUCAUUCUCCUCUUUUCAACCACACAUUGAAUCCAAGUAUAACUAGCAUGCUGCAAUUGUCUUGUUCAGCUGCAGCAGCUCUCUCUGGAGAGAGGUACACGAAAACAUUGUCAUAGCCCUGAGCUUGUCUUGGCUUAGCUUGGGAAUGUGGAAGAAGAAAUAUAAACAUGAUAAU